UCAUUGACGCAAAGAGCUUCCGUGCAGAUGGAUCGAUUCAUUAUCAUUACUCUUCGAUUAAGCGAAUGAAAUAACUAUGACUACCACAUCGAAAAUUUCUACCAGCCCGAGGGAAAAAGUCUGGCCGCAAUGGAUUGCUGCAUUGAUAAUUCAUAUAUUGUCCCUUCUGGUGGGUCUCGUCAGCGGAUGGACCUCCCCGUUUUUGGCGAAAUUGACGAAUGGAACUGAGACAUUGACGAUUACGAAAAACGAAGCGUCCUGGGUAGCUUCGUUGUUCAGUAUAACUCGACCAGUUGGUGCAAUAAUAGCAGCCGUGAUAGUCCACAAAUUCGGCGCCAAAAAGGCUGUCUUAUUAAACGGCAUACCUCACGCCCUAGCAUGGGCUUGCUUCCUGAUCAAUGAGUCAGUUCCAUGGAUUUAUACUUCAAGACUACUGAGUGGUUUCGCAGUAGGAAUGUAUUACAGCACUUUCCCGCUGUACGUCGGCGAGAUAUCUAACCCGAAGAUCAGAGGUGCUCUGAUAAGUAUGAUCGCCCAGGGAUUGGCAAUCGGAACUCUGCUGGGGAAUCUAAUCGGUGCAUAUGUAAACAUGAUGACCUUUGCCAUCAUUAGUCUCAUGAUGACUGCCACAUUUUUCUUUGGAUUUCUCGUCUUCCCGGACAGCCCGCAUUACUUGGUUAAGGAAAAUAGGAUAGAGGCUGCCGAGAAAUCAUUACAGUUCUACAAUCGUCGGGUUGAUGUGACUGCUGAGCUAGAGUCGUUGAAACUGUUCACGGGAAAACAACAUAAGUUAUCAAUCAACGAAUCGUUUAAACAGUUAUUUUCACCGAUAAACAGGAAGAUUGUGAUGAUGGUUAACAGUGUUUAUAUCUUUAUGCAACUGAGUGGUCUCUACACAAUUAGCCUCUAUAUGGAGAUCAUUUUGGCCGAUCUCAGGGUCAAUGUCAUUGCCCCUUCCUUAAUUGUCGUGUGUGUGGGAUUGGUUGGGUUCGGCUCUGGUUUGAUUUCAAUGUACACGAACGAUCGGGCCGGAAGACGCAAUAUGCUUGCUAUCUCCAGUUUUGGGGUCUGUGUCACAUUGUUUCUUCUAGGUCUCAAUCAUCUUUUGCUUGAUAUGGGGUACGACAGUUCAAAUGUUCAGUGGUUGAGUAUCGUUGCAAUUGUGCUGUAUCAGUUCUUCGUGUGCAUUGGAAUCAUCCCUAUUCCGAGCUGUCUUAUGAGCGAAAUGUUUCCACCACAGCUGAAGGAAAUCGGCACGUGUAUGGCUAAUGUGACUUCUGCUCUUUUUGCUUUUAUAACAAGUAAGAGCUAUCAGCCUUUAUUGGAAGCUACGUCCAAAGAAUUCGUUUUUUGGUUCUAUUCACUUCUUGUUUUUGCCAUGUUUGUCUACACUAUUGUGGUACUUCCAGAGACUAAGGGUAAAUCAUUGCAGGAGAUCCAAGAAAUGUUGAUGAAUUGUGAUAAGACAGUUGUUAAGGAGUCUGAUGAGAUUGAGAAAAGUAAUUCCCUGCUUGAUGAUCCCAAUAACACGAAGAAAUGAAUGAAUUUGGUAACAACUGAGAGAAUGUGUGGUACGUAAUUACUACGCAAGAGAGUCUGGAACAUGCAAAUUAAUGUUUCUUUCACUAUAUUCAGGGAUUUAUCAAACGGUCUUUCUUAAUCGCGAGAAAAUAACGAAAAAUGUACAAACAACAUGUGAAUGUCAACAGACGUAACUCUAUGAUGAGUUACCUAAGUGUAAAUAGACUAGAACGAGAUAAUUCAAAUUCGCUCAGACUUUAGUUUUUGAUGAAUGUCUCGGAACGGAAAAAUUACUAAAAAAAUUUUGUUGAUGACUUCUUUGCCGCUCCACAAGAAGGGUCAUGAUGAAAAUUUUCAAUUUCUCAUCAUUUUAGAGAUAGUUAUAAAAAUUGACUCCAAUAUUCAACUGAUUUACCUUGGAUGCCUGUUUGGUGUUCUGAGAUGUUGUAGAGAGUACCAAGUUGACUAAACGACUAAUUGAAUUUUCGAAGAAUAUCUCUGAAUCUUAUAGAGAUGGUGAAAUCUCCCGAAGGGCUUUCCUCUGAAGAAGGAACUAGUCUAUACAAAGACGAUUCAAAUCAAUUUACCUCAUCUACUUUUGUUUUAAUAACUGAAUUGAUUUGAACGAGGGGCAAUCACUGAUACUGUAUUAGAUAAUAGAAGUAUGAUGUCGAGGUGACGAGCCGAAUAAGCAUAAUGAUCUGUAUUAACAAUUGCAUAUUUAGAAUAAAUAGGCAAAUUCUAGAGUCAA